CUCUGAUUGGGCUGAGGCGCCGCCGCGGGCAGCUGACCAGAGGUAGACAUGUUAGAAGGUGUGCCCGCGGUACCUGGCACGUAGGCAGGGCCGCAGGGCGAGGAUGGAGGAGCGGAGACGAUGGAGCUGGAUUUAUGAUAUGCAGUCGGCAAAAGUUGUGAGAGCUGAUGGUGUAUUUCUCCUAUUCUUGCCUGCAGCUGCGCCAUUUGUCUGUCGCUUGGGCGUCCCAGUCCAGCGCAGCCGAACCUGUGGACCCAUGGCCAGCCUCUCUCACGUGUGCAAGGCUGCACCAGCAUCCAUUGAGCAGGCCUCACACGGGCAGUGACACGUCUGGCCGUCCUUCUCAUUCGCACGGCAACUCAGGACACGAGCUCAACAACGACAUGCACAAGUGGACGGCACACGGGUCGAGGCAGCCCAGCCGCGUGAGAGCACCAGCACCAGGCACAGCGUCGCCGACCUCUUGCAACCGCCGGUUUGUCUGCAUGUCGGCGCAGGCACUUCAGGCGGGCGCGCGUCUGCUGUGCUCUGCAGUGCUCUGCAAGACACGAGCAGGCCAACGGCGCCGCGGGCACCUGUCACAGUUGAACGGGGCUGGGUACGGGACAUGUACGGCCGAUCAUUGCGCUCUCUCCCACAGCUCGAAAGCAGGAAGAAACCGCACCCAAGAUCAGGCGAGUCUGCUCUCCACUACACGGACGGUUUUCGUUCUCAUGGAACCUCGCACUGCCCGGGGGCAGCGGGUGUCUCGAACCGAAAAUGCUUUUUUGUGAGUGUGAUAGAAUUUGCGUUGUUCAUGAGGGAGAGCAGCGGCGGACGCGCGGGUUUUG